CGCUCAGAGGGAGCCCAGCCAGCUCGGGCUGGUCCGGGCUGCGCUGGGCGGCCCGGAGGGAGCGCGUCCCGGGUCACGCCGGCGCCCGCGAGCGGAGCGCGGCGGGGAACGCGCCAUGGACCCCAAGGCGGGUAGCGGCGAGGAGGAUGACUGCGUGGACUCGGGCGCAGAGACCGGAGGGUCUGACUACAGCCACAUGUCCUCCACCAGCAGUGAGCUCUCCGUGGAGGAAGCGCAGGACCCCUUCUUGGUCAGCAUCCACAUAAUCGCAGACCCAGGGGAAUCCCGACCCCUGCAGGAGGCCAUCGACAAGGUCUUGGCUUGGAUCCACCCAGGCCUCCAGCUGUUCAGGGUCUCUGAAAGGAGGGCGUCCCGGCGGCGGAGGAAGGCCCCCAAGGUGGCGCAGCCAGCCCUGGCGGUGGUCCUCUUCCUGCAGGAGGAGUACGGCGAGGAGCAGAUCCUGCAGCUGCACCGCACGCUGCAGCGGCCGCCCUGGCGCCAUCACCACACGGAGCGCGUGCCUAGCGGGUUUCUGCCCUACCUGCCCUGCAGCCAGGAGUUCUUCACUCUGGCCCCCGGGACACCGCUGUGGGCCAUCCGGCCUGUGCACUACGGCAAGGAAAUCGUGCGCUUCACCAUCUACUGUCGCCAUGACAACUACGCCGACAUCCUCAAGUUCUACGAGCUGAUACUCAAGCGGAGCCCCAGCCAGAGGAAAACGGACUUCUGCAUCUUCCCCAUUUUCUCCAGUCUGGAUGUGGACAUCCAGUUCUCCCUGAAGAGACUGCCCUGUGACCAGACCCCGGUCGCCACUGAUUGCUCCGUGCUGGAGUUCCGAGUCAAGGACAUUGGCGAGCUGGUGCCUCUCUUGCCCAACCCCUGCAGGCCCAUCAGUGAGGGACGCUGGCAGACGGAGGACCACGAUGGGAACAAGAUCCUUCUGCAGGCACAGAGGGUACACAGGAAGUGCCCUAAACCCAGCAGAGCUCACCACGCCUCAGAGACCAAAGCUGGGUCCACGCCUUCUCCGAGUGCCGCUGCACAGAGCCGGACCCCUGGCAGCGGCCCGCAGCCCCCGAUGGACACUUCAGACCUGGGGCUCGGCCAGACAGGCCUGCCUACCCGGCAGCCGCAGGACUGUGCCAGACCAGCCGGCAGCCCUCCCAGCCUCCCCUGGUCUUUCCAGAGAAGCAAGUCCUUGUUUUGUUUGCCCACGGGACACCCCUCCCCGGCCUCCUCAGCUGAACCACGGUGGUUUGCAAACACAGACGGCCCGGGGCAGAGGGCGUCGGAGCGGAGGCACGGCCACCUCCUCUCCAUCGAUGACUUAGAGGGGGCCCAGGAGACGGACGUGGACACGGGGCUGCGGCUCUCCUCCUCCGACCUGUCCGUGGUCUCUGCAUACUCUGCACCCAGCAGGUUCUGCAGCCCCGCGGAAACACUGCUCCCCUCCGAAAGAGGCAGCAGCCUCUGGGCAGAGCGCAGGGCUUCCAGAGAAGGACCCCUGCCCGCUGGGGGCGGCGUGACCACAGAGGCCUCCUGGGCUGCCCUCCCUCGGUUCACCGAAGGGCCUUCCAGCUCCUCGGCCACAGCUGUCACCACUUCCCCAGCUUCCGACACCUCCUGGCUCCCAGAGUCACCCCCAGAACUCCCUUACGAUGCUCCUGACACCCAGCAGACUGGCAGAGGCGUCCUGCCACCCUCAGUGCUGGCCGGAGGCGGGGACAGUGACGCGGAGGAGGAAUUCUACAUCUGAACACACCCCACUCUUGUCUUUCAGACCCCAGGCUCAGGUGCCCCUGCCCCUCUGGGGUCUGCACGCCCCCCCGUGUGCUCAGCCCCGCUUCCCCAGGUCCCUCCGGAAUCUAAUUAUCUGUCUCACGGGGUCGUUAUCAUUAGCACAUUUGACACACCACCAUUCUUACCUGCGAGGUGGUGGGCUCAGUGGAAAAAUACUGGGAUUUUUAUGCAAAUAAAUUCUCAGCAAACUUAACGCAUAAGAUAUAUGUUUUGAAUACUCAGUUCCAUUUGAGAUAUGGUUUAGUGCACUUAUUUAAAUGCUUCAUAUAAUUAUUUGAAAUGGGAAGAAAACCUAGUCAGCUGGAGUUGAUUUCACAACGUUGAAUGUGAGAAAGAUACCAAGUGACUUGUAUGAGAGAUUAGUGCAUAUAAUUCCACCUUACUGGCUUCUCCAUAUCUGUUUACCUUACCAGGGAGCAGUGGCCCUGAGAAUUUCCAGGUACCGUUACAGUGAAAGGAGUCACUGUAGUGCAUUUAUAAUACGAUUUUGAGUUCCAAAAACUAGAUUUGCAUACAUCUUUCAAACACAUUCGCUGUAACAGCUGGGGGUCUACAGAAGACGCCGCUGCCUAGAUUUGUCUGGAUCAAUGAGGAGGAAUCGUUCUUGGAGUUACAGAAUAGUAGCUUAUUAGACAUAGUGGGUAGGUAUUCUUAAGUUGCUUCAAUUUUUAAAACCACAGUCCAAGGGCUAUAUACACACAGAUCUAUGUAAAUGACAGGAGCCACAUUUUACACUGCUUUCUCCAGUAAACAUGCAUCAUCACACACCCUUUUUCAUUUCUAAAUAAUUCAUAACAAUUUUGAAUUUGGCGUUUUGAUUGCACAGGUUAAUAAAUGCACUCCCCUCUUCUCCAAGCGGGAAGCUUCACACAAAACGCUGUCCUGAACCAACACUGCUGCACGCGUGCAUAGGAGCCUUAAUUAAAGCUGGAGCUCUAACCUGACCUUGGCCUUUCCUGCCAUUGCCUGCUUCUGUCACAGCGUGAACAGUAUUUAAAUCUCACCUCUCUCCCACUCCAGUAAGGGUAUGUUUACAAUUCCAGCCCCUACAGUGCCAAGUGCUGGCGUCGGGGACAACGCCGAGCUGUCCCUAGUUGCUGUAUACCUUUGGGGAAGAAGAGCACAGACUUGCCUCGCUUACGUCCCACCCUGGUACUCCCUGCCUGAAUGACUCACGGCCCAGUUUACACCUCUCUGGAAGCGCCCACACCAGCCCAGACACAGCUUCAGAAUCCUCUUCAACACCGUCCUCCUGGCAGCCGUUACCAGCUAUCAGACUCGAGCUGAAGCCUCAAGUCUUUGCCAUCCCUGUAAUGAGAACCUUACCUCCUACCCCGAACGUCCCGCAUAUUCCCGGACUCCGAAUUACAAUAUUCUGCUCUGAUUUAAGUAAAUAAAAAUAUGGUCUUCUAUAAUUCUAGACCGGGGUGAGCAAACUUUUUUUAAAGGGCUAAAUGAUAAAUACUUCCGGCUUUGCCAGCCAUACAGUCUCUGUCAUUAUAGUGUGAAAGCAGCCUGUGAUAUAUAAAUGAAUGGGAGCAGCUGAGUUCCAAGAAAACUUAUUUUACAAGAACGGGUGGAGGGUCGGAUUUGGCCUAAAGGUCGUAGUUUGCCAACCCUUGUGCUAGACUGACGUUGAUGUGAGAUCUCAGCCACAGUCAACGAUGAAGAACGAUAAAGAGGGUUGGGCUUCCCUGGUGGCGCGGUGGUCGAGAGUCCGCCUGCCGAUGCAGGGGACGCGGGGUCGCGCCCCGGUCCGGGAGGAUCCUUCGUGCAGCGGAGCGGCCGGGCCCGUGAGCCGUGGCCGCUGCGCCUGCGCGUCCGGAGCCUGCGCUCCGCAACGGGAGAGGCCACGGCAGUGAGAGGCCCGCGUACCGCAAAAAAAAAAAAAAAAAAGAACCAGAGGGUUGCUGCUGUGGUGCCCGAGACCAAGAAAAUACACUCUAGGGGCCACACUGGUGACUACAGAACCACAGGGCUCAGAGCAGCGUGGGGCUUCUUUCUGCAGAGGUGAUGCCUGGAAGGCCGCUGCCUGUCCACCUGCUGCCCGGAAAUGUGACUCACAGACGGUAGCUGAUGAUGCAAAACAACACGCUAAUCAGUCAGGGUGCUGACGCAGCCCCAAGGAGCAGGAGACAAGCUCAGGAUAGCAAAAGUCACUGAGGCAUCCACGAGGAGACCCACGGCCGGGUGAUGGCUCCUCCUGUCUUCACCCUUCAUCAGUGCCCUCAGUUCAGAAUAUUCACACACACCCCCUACGGAUGCUUCAGAGCACAGCUCUGGUGCGCUCUGCCCCCAUCCUUUCUCACCGACCCCUGCCUCAGCACAGUGUAGUCUACCAAACUGAGUGACCCCAAAAGAUGUCAGCGAACCCCUUCAAAAGCAGAAAAUGCAAGGUGCCCGCCGUAAUACAAGGGGAGAAGGGGAGAGAAGCCCACCGCAGACCACACUCAGAUGCUCCCCUCCUCACAGACGGCAGUCACUCUGAGGAGAGGGAGUCACGGAGACACUACCGACGGCGUCACUCCCUUUUCUGACCCACCGCUAGCAUUGUCCUCAUCCAGGAGGGCUCCUGAUACCCACUGGUAGAUCCUGACUCUUUUGGAUUAUUAUUGUGAUAGAUGCUGGCAUA